CCGACAUUACUUCUUCUAAAAAUCGUCCUCUUUUCUAUUCUCCCUCUCUCUCUCUGCCUUUCAUUAUUCAAUCUGAUAUUACUGUAGAUGGUGAGGUCGAUAUCUGUUGCCCUUACUAUAUGCUAUGUAGCUGCAUUAGUAUCAUGUAGUAAACAAGCUUCACCACCUGUUCAACUGAAUCUUAUUACUCCUUGGAAUGCUCCUGAUCCUUUUCUUGAAAUCGCGGAAACUGUGGCCAAGGCAAACUCUUCUAGUUAUAUGUCUUAUAUGGGAGAACUUGCUGAUAUCAAGAGUAGUACAUUGACACCACGUCAGCAAUAUGAACAAGCUCUUGCUCAUGCCGCCAACUAUCUGGAUGGACCUGAAGAACUGGAUAUUAUCAAGUUUAGUCUUUCACUUCAUACUACUGCUCCUAUCAUUGAAGCUCAUCAUCAGUACUACAACCAAACGAUCCUAUCGACUGUCAAGACUUAUAAUCCUUCAUGUGACGUAUGGGCUCAAGUAGGUGCACAUCAAGCUUGUACAAUCGAGGAAUUAGAAAGGCUUUUAAAAGAUGGAAACGUUGAUAUGGUUGGCAAUCAAAUUGAACAAGAAACAUUCGAAUUGAAUCAACCAUCUGAACUAGAACACUGGUAUUGUCAUCCAUGUGAAAAUGUCACUCGAGUCACUCUCUAUACUUCUUCAGUGAAUGAAGAAUUCGCAGUGUUCCACAACUACCUCGUUCGUUUGGUCAACACAGCUGGAUCUAUUCGUUAUUCGAUUCGAUACAAACCUUCUUCCUCACAUCAAUACCCUCUUUAUCUUUCUGGUUAUGGUGUUGAACUUGCUCUCAAGAAUACGGAUUAUCUUGUCAUCGAUGAUCGAAAAAAUGCAGCAACAAAGGAACAUCAAUCACAAUCACAAGAUGGAUCGACUUCUUUUAUCAAACAGCAACUCGAUAACUUGGGGAAAAAGGUGAAUCAAGUACUCUUUGACACGGAGGAGACAUCAACCAUUGUACCUUUGACGCCUGAUGAAAUUAAAUCUCUUGGUUUAAAGGCAACUCAAUUUGUUAUCGCAUCCAAAGAUCCUCUCAUCACUCUCUCCCAAUUGACUCAAGAUUUCCCAAAAUAUGCUCACAAAAUCAGCUUGAUGACUUUGAACGAAAAACUUGUCAAUCAAGUCAUUACAAAUCAACAACGGUUUGUCAAACCUGGUGCAAACGCUUUAUGGAUUAAUGGACGAAAAUUGGAAGAUGAUGAAACCAAUCCAUAUUUUAUUGCUCGUGCCUUACAAAGGGAAAGAAAAUUGAUCAACACGUUGACUAAAUUAGGAGGCUCACAACGACAAGUAAUCGAUGUAAUAACCAGUAAUUUCAUUACCAGUGGUCAGUCAAGCUCAAUGAUGGAUGGAUUGGAAGGAGUGUACGAUGUACGUGACUCAAAGGAUGAACCUGCUGUUAUUUGGUGGAAUGAUCUUGAAAAGGAUUCUCGCUAUAAAGGUUGGCGUCCUGAAUUAGGUGCACUAUUGCGACCUACGUAUCCUGGUCAAAUGCGCGCUAUCGGUCGAAAUAUUUACAACGUUAUCAUGGUGGAAGAUUUGGCUUCAAGAAAACAUUUACAACGCCUUACAAAUGAAAUACAAAACAUGGUUCAUCAUGGUACUCCUAUUCGUUUUGGUCUUGUCCCAUAUCUAGGUGGUUCAAAUAGUCCAUCUUCCCUCGCAGCAAAAGCAUUACAUUACUUGGUUCAGAAAUAUGGAAAGCGCAGAGGGAUGGAGUUCUUGCAACAGAUUGAGUCUGAACUUGCCAACGCCAAUUUGGAAUAUGCGACUGAAGACAUUCUUUCCUUGGCAAUGAAAUCGGUUGAAUAUUCAGUAGAUAAACCAAUAUCUGAUAUGCAACUACAAUCGUUCAAGGAACAACAGGAUACACAUGGAGUAAAGCAAUUUUUGAAACGUAUGGGGAUUGGACGUCUUGGAAAGGAUGAAGGGAUUUUAUUUUUAAACGGACAAUACCUGGAGCACAAUGAUGAAAAGCCUUGGACUCGUGUAUUGAUGAGUGCAUUGAAUACCCAAACACAAUUGUUAGCAAGAAGUGUAUAUAUGGGUGAAAUCACUGAUGAUGAUAAUGUGUAUGACUUUUUCUUGAAUCAACCUUAUGUCUCUCCAACUCGAAAUGCUUAUGUGGCUGUCACUGAAAACAAUCCGUUAUUGACCCUCAACUUUGAACAAACAGACCAAGUGGCAACCGAUAUCUUAUAUUUGCGCAAAGAUAUGGAUGAACCUGUUACAACAAAUAUAUGGGCUAUUGGUAACUUGAAUUCACCUGCUGGAAUCAAAUUGAUACUGAAUGCUCUUCAAUUUGCAGAAACUAACAACCAAACACGGUUGGCGAUUAUUCAUGUUCCAUCUCAAUUACCACCAACAGAAAACAAGGAUGUAGAAUUUUCUGAUAUUGUAUAUUAUGAAAUGUAUAUCAAUAACAUUGAUAUGACAGCAUUGAAAUCCCUGUUUGAAUUACGAUGGCAGCAAUUACAACAGCAUACCGAUCAAUCUCAACACAUUAUCAAGUCCAUGCUGCCACUAGCUGGUUCCCCUAUUAUCGAAAUGGACAUUCUUGAGCAAGCACGCAACAAAUGGAAGUCUCUUGUGAACGCAUUGGGAUCAGAUGAUAACAGUAAAUAUAGACCAUACUUCUCGGAUGAAAUGAAUCGACAUUCUGGAAUUAUUAUCAAUGGAAGGAUACUUGGACCUUUCGCUGAUGACGAUGAUUUCACGGUGGAUGACUUUAACAAUCUCUGGCAAUUGGAAAAUACUCAACGCAUUGCACCGAUGUUGAAUGCCCUGAAACACGUUAAUUGGCCGAUGAAUUCUACGAAUAUGACUCCUGCUGGCUUGAUUAUGGACUUUACAGUAUUAUUGGAAGAUGACAAGAAAUCAGCUUCUCGCAAUACUCUUCUCGGUCAAGAAGACGUCACUAUUCGUGAAAGAUUCUAUGCUCAAAUGGAUAGUGAUCUCACAAGCACUCAGGUCAACAAAUAUGGCGUCAACAAGAAUGAAGCGUACGUUGAAAUUGGUGUUCUGCUGGAUCCUCUCUCUGAAGAUGCUCAAAAAUGGUCCACUAUAUUGAAUGUUUUAUCAGAACUUGAAGGCGUCACUAUUGAUAUCCAUUGGAAUCCCAUCCCACAACUUGAAGAACUUCCUCUCAAACGGUUCUAUCGAUACGUCUUGGACUCUGAAUGGCAAUUUAGUAAAGAUGAUCAACAACAAAGAAAUAUACCAACUGCUUACUUUGAUGAUCUACCGACGGAAGCUCUCUAUACACUCGGUGUCGAGACAAUUGAUCCAUGGCAUGUAACGGUGAAAGAAGCUAAUGUUGAUUUGGACAAUAUACAACUUCAAACAUUAGCAACAAGCGAUUCUCAUUCAUCAUCAAAAGGACAGGGAGUUUCUGCAGUGUAUGAAUUGGAACGAAUUUUAGUGGAAGGACAUUGUAUAGACGCGACCGAUCAACAUCCUCCUCGGGGGCUUCAAUUUACCCUUGGUACAGAUUCUCAUCCAGCUAUGACAGAUACAAUUGUGAUGGCGAAUUUGGGAUACUUCCAGCUCAAGGCACAGCCUGGCAUCUAUCAACUUGGUAUUCGGCCUGGUCGUUCUAGUCAAGUAUAUAGCAUAGAAAGCAUUGGUACCAAAGGAAAAUGGAUCAAGUCUUCACGUCAACAUAACUCAACAUCUACAUCUCGAUUACUCUUGACCAGUUUUGAAGGCUUACGUUUGUUCCCUACUGUCAAGAAGAAUCCUGGUAUGGAAACACAAGAUGUCCUAGAAGAUGAUACUACUGGAAAGCAACAUCAAGAAAAGGAAGGAAUUCUGUCAUCUUUAUCGAGCAAACUCUUUGGCAAGAAAGGAAAACAAGUUGAAGACGAAUUGAUUCCAAUGAAAAAACAGGCGGAAAUCAACAUUUUCUCUGUAGCCUCUGGUCAUCUAUAUGAACGCUUUUUGGCCAUCAUGAUGGCAUCUGUCAUGGAACAUACUAAUAGUACGGUCAAGUUUUGGUUUAUUGAAAACUUUUUGUCACCUUCCUUCAAGGAUUUUGUUCCGGAAUUGUCCAAAAGAUAUGGAUUCGAUUAUGAAAUGGUGACUUACAAAUGGCCCUCUUGGCUUAAUGCUCAAAGCGAAAAGCAACGUACGAUUUGGGGUUACAAGAUUCUCUUCCUUGACGUUCUAUUCCCAUUGGAUUUGGAAAAAGUCAUCUUUGUGGAUGCUGAUCAGAUUGUUCGCACGGAUCUUAAGGAGCUUGUCGAUUUGGAUUUACAUGGAGCACCCUAUGGCUAUACCCCAUUCUGUAGCGAUCGACAUGAAAUGGAUGGAUUCCGAUUUUGGUCUCAAGGUUAUUGGAAAGAACAUUUACGCGGUCGACCCUAUCACAUCAGUGCAUUAUAUGUGGUAGAUUUAGUAAGGUUCCGACAAAUGGCAGCGGGUGAUCGACUUCGUGCACAAUAUCAGCAAUUAAGUGUAGAUCCGAAUUCGUUAGCUAAUCUGGAUCAAGAUCUUCCAAACAAUAUGAUUCACAUUGUCCCCAUCUUCUCUUUACCUCAGGAAUGGUUAUGGUGUGAAACUUGGUGUAGUGAUGAAAGUCUGGCAACCGCAAAAACAAUUGAUUUGUGUAACAAUCCAUUGACCAAGGAACCAAAGCUGGAUCGAGCUCGCCGUCAAGUUCCGGAAUGGGAAACAUACGACUCACAAAUUGAAGAAAUUCGACAAUCCUUUUUACAACAACAACAACAAAAGGAUACAACUGAAUACCAACAUGUGAAUAACGAAAAUGAAAAGUUGGAUCAGACAAAAUCCCAUCAUAUCAAGGACGAACUGUAGUUAGAUGUUUAGUUAUGUUUUAGUUUAGAUUUUGUUGUUGUUAUCUAAAUGAAUAAAAAUGAACACUCCUUUUUUUUUGGAACUC